CGCCUGGCCGCAAGAGUCUCAUCUCGUUUAAAUAAAAUUUCGAAAAAUAGAGACAAGACUUUUGUUCUGGCGCCGCUUUUCUUGGAAAUCGCCCAAAGCCCUGUAGCGCCGAAAGCCGAGCAAAAUAUCAUCAGAUGGUAUUAGUUUAUGUAUUGUGAGAAGUAAAUAUUGUGACACCAAAUGAAACCGACGCCAAGCUCUCGUGCUAUUUAGGCGCGGACCUCAGACCGCCUGACCGCUCAAAAAUAAAGCUAUUUGAAAAGUUUCAAGUUUUCGGCUUCCAUUUGGCUUUGGCAACUCUACAAAGAAAUAGUUAAACAAUAAGAAGAUGCAUCCGUGAGUAGGACUUGGGGGGGGCCAAAGGAAAAGAAAGCAAGCAGGAGGAGCAGAAAAGCCAAACGAAAGCGACCAACUAACGGUUCCUGCGUGCUCGUGUGUGUUUUGGGCAAAAAUGUGCUUGGCACGCACGGCAAGAAAAGAAUCGGCGGACGACGACAAAAGGAACGGGAUGCGAUUGCGGGUGCGGAAUUAAAAUUAAAUUGACACGAAUUUAUGCGCCAGGAGCGUGUUCCACCAAGUGUCCUGGAACAUCGAGAAAUUUGCAUCGUUGACGAGGCGGAAUAAUGAAUCGAUGACUAUUUGGUGCUGAUACGGCCACAUCUGCCAGCUGUCUUGGGUCGCUGCCUGCUCCUGCCUUCACACAGACUCCUCCACAUCCUGUGGCACCAACACCGAGAAGCAACAAAAAUAAUAACAAAAAAAAAAUCACGACCCGGCAAAAGAGCAAUAACAACAAGAACAACCAAGGCCCCCAUCGAACCGUCGUAUCGGACUCCAACCACAUACACGUUCUGCGCAGCCGAGAGAGAGCCGGGAACCACGAGCCAGGAGCGCGAGAGCAGAGCAGAGCGUUGGAGCCUUUGUAGGCGGCGCGGGAGUGGGCGAAAGGACGAGGACGAGGACGCGGAAGUGGUGACAUCUGUUUUGCCGCUUUGUCAGUUGCGGAUGCUGCCGAGCCGAGAGCCCCAGCACGAAGGACGAAGGCUCCAUCACGAACCCGGACACGAACACCAUCACCAACACCAACACCAGCGAACAGGAGCAACGUGAACAAGUGUGGAAAUUGGAAUUUUUAUCCAAAACAAUGCCCCUGCUGCAACAGUUCGACACCACCCCCGACUGCUCUGGAAGUGGCGUCAACAUGAGAGCCUUGAACGGAGGCACCACGAUCAGCUCAUUCCUGGAACACCAGCACCACCAACAACAGCAGCACCACCUGCAGCUGCAGCAGCAGCACCACCACCAAUUGCAGCAGCAGAACCAGAACGAUAUUCUCACCCGGCACAACGAUGAUGGUCUAAUCAACUUUAUAAACGAUCCAAUCACAUUGAACGAUCUGCUGGGCUUGUGUGGCAGCAAUGGGAUAGGCCAGAGUCCCUCCACUUCGGCCAUGGCAAUGGGCAUAGGAGUCGGAGGAGGAGGCGGCGGCGGUGGCGGAGCAGCAGUGACGGGAGGAGGAGUAGCAGGCGCAGUGGCAGCAGCAGGAGGAACGGCCGCAGGUGCAGCACUGGGUACUGGAGUGAUGGGAGUGGGAGCUGGGGCGGGAUUGGGAGCAGGAUCUGGCCAGGGCGGAGCCGCGGGCAUCGGCACAGGCACUGGCACGGGUACCGGCACCGGAACACCCGCCGCCACAGCCACGGGCGGUAGCCCCGCGAGCCACGCAUCGGCCAGCGUCGGCGUUGGUGGCAACGGCAGUAGCAGCGGCGUGAACAAUCUGCUGCUCGCCAGUGCGGCAGCCGCUGCUGCUGCCGCUGCCGCCGCGGCUGCUGGCGAUGGUGUUGGCGUCCAACUGUCGGCCAACGCGGCGGUCUACGCUCCACUUACGCCCAGCUCCACUCAGUCCUCGGCCUCGCCGGGCACCAAGUCCAGUUUCGACUACUUCCAGUUUGAAAAUGUUGCACAAAGUAACCCACUUAAGGCUUUCCAAAGAACAAACAUCAGCUUCGAUUGCUCUGCACCUUUAUCGCCAAGUACGCCUACAUCUAUUUACAAUCGCUCCUUUCACAGUUCACCUUUAGUCAGCGACAGCAGCAACUCGUCCAGCGGCAAUGGACUGUCCAUGGACUCGAUGAACUCGAUGCUAUACCACCAGCAGCCUCAGCAGACUACACAGCAGCAGCAGCAGCAGCAAGGAUAUACCAGCCUGGGCAACUCCAAUGGCAGCGGAUUGGGAUUCAGUCUGGCGAACGCCUCCACGCGUUCUAACUCGCCAGAGAGCCAGAACAGCAGCCAGUCGAUCAACGAGCCCAACUUGCUGGACAUGAUUAAUCUACUUUCCGUGAAUAGUAACAAAAUGAACUCGAUGCAGCAGCAACAUCAUCGUCAGCAGCAACAGCAGCAGCAGCAGCAACACCACCAUCAUCACCAACACCAGCAGCAGCAACAGCAACAGCUCCAGCAUCAAUAUGCCAAUAUGCACCGAAAUUACGAGCAGCAACUGACAUCCAACGCGAAUGGCCAACAACAAAUGAACUUCGAGCCCAACAAUGGCGUGGGAUUAGGAUCGGCCGGCGGAGGCAAUGAUAGCUGCCUCAGUCAGUGCAACCUGGAGAACUUUGCCAGCGUUGAUAUGGAGUUGGCCAAGCUUCAGAAUCUGCAGCGCAUCAACACCCUGAAGCUGCUGCAGGCACAGACGCAGCAAAUGCCGCUGCUCAACCAACUUUUGCAGAGCUAUGCCGGCGGGGCCAUCGGCAACGUAUCGGGUAACAAUCUUAGCAACCUAAUGGGCGUCGGUAUGGGAGGAACAGCCAAUGGACUGGGCUUGACCAACGAAAUGGCCAGCGGCGUUGGCGGGACCACAAACGACGGGCAUCUGGAUCGCGUGGCCAAGUUCCACAGGAGCUCAGCGGCCUUGUGCGAUGCAACUUGCACUUGGAGCGGGCAGCUGCCGCCGCGUUCACACCGCAUGCUCAACUACUCUCCCAAGGUCUUCCUCGGCGGCAUACCAUGGGACAUUAGUGAGCAGUCGCUCAUUCAGAUCUUUAAGCCGUUCGGUUCCAUCAAGGUGGAGUGGCCCGGCAAGGAGCAGCAGGCAGCGCAGCCCAAAGGCUAUGUGUACAUCAUUUUUGAAUCUGACAAGCAGGUUAAGGCUCUGCUCUCGGCCUGCGUUGUCCAGGUGGAUGAUUCUCACAGCGGUAGCAACUACUUCUUCAAGAUCUCAUCGCGUCGCAUCAAGUCAAAGGAUGUGGAGGUCAUUCCCUGGAUAAUAGCGGAUUCAAAUUUUGUACGUUCUAGCUCGCAGAAACUGGACCCAACAAAAACAGUUUUUGUGGGCGCCCUUCAUGGUAAGCUGACUGCCGAAGGCCUGGGCAAGAUAAUGGACGACUUGUUCGAUGGCGUCCUAUACGCCGGAAUCGACACGGACAAGUACAAGUAUCCAAUCGGCUCGGGACGAGUAACUUUCAGCAACUUUCGUUCGUACAUGAAGGCCGUUUCGGCCGCCUUCAUCGAAAUUCGAACCACAAAGUUCACCAAGAAGGUGCAGGUAGACCCGUACCUCGAAGAUGCCCUCUGCUCAAUUUGUGGCGUUCAACAUGGCCCCUACUACUGUCGGGAGUUAUCAUGUUUCCGAUACUUCUGUCGCAGCUGCUGGCAAUGGCAGCAUAGCUGUGACAUCGUCAAGAAUCACAAACCCUUGACCCGUAACUCGAAAUCGCAGAGCCUGGUGGGCAUCGGUCCAUCCCAGUCAACCGUCUCGCUGUCGUCGUACACUCGCAGUGUGAGCGGCGAGAAUAAGAUCCCUCAACACCAGCACCAGAACAAUCAACAGAAUCAAAAUCAGCAUCAUCAUCAACAGAAACAGCAGCAUCAUCAGCUCCAUCAACAUGCCAAUCAGCAGCAACAACAGCAGCAGCAGCAGCAACAGCAGUCGCAGUCCCACAAUCAUUUGAAUCUGAUGGGCAACUCGGGAGCCGCAAAUGCAACGGCUGCAUCCUUGUACAACUUUCAGCAGCAACAGCAACAGCAGCAGCAGCAACAACAGCAGCAACAACAGCAGCAGCAACAGCAACAGUUGCAGCAGCUCCAUCAACAUCAGACGAUCUAGACUGCUGCGGCUUUUUAUCCGCACCGUUUUAACGGAUAUUUCGACACCCAGAACGAGGUGAGAAAUUUCGGAAUUUUAGGCAACGCAGAAGAAAUGGGGCCUGACGUAUUUGCAGACGUAAUCAUGGAGUCGAUGCAGAUCCGGGCUCACCAUCGCCGUCAUUAUCAUUGUGACCACAAUUUUAUUGAUGUGUAUAUUAGACCAGUACGAUAUGAAGCUUA